GCCUGAAUUCAAUCCGAUGUGUUUAUUUUUGUAUGCAAUCCACUUAAAAAAAACAACAACAACAACAAUGGACGAAAUUGUAUUUCUAGGGUCGGACUAUUCAGAAGGUUCGACGGCGCCGUACGAAAGCAGCGAAGACGAUGCCACGACCGACGGGGCUGGCAGCGGCACCGAAGCAGACAGACACGCCAUGGAGCACACUUAUGACAUGGCUUUGCCAGUCAAACAUUCCUACCUGGGGGAGAACCUGGAGGAGCUGCAGGGACGCACCAUGCUGGACGACGACUCGGUGCAGACGCUGCCCCUGCUGCCGCAGCCUGGGGUGGUGCUGGUGCCCGGCCAGACUCUGCCCCUGUCCGUGUUCUACCCGCCGGCCGUCAGCAUGCUGCGUCGCUCUGUGGCGACCGACCGCACCUUCGGCGUGGUCUGCGUCAGCAGGUACUCCAUUCAGAACGCGGCGAAGCUGGCAGAGGUUGGCACCACCGCCGAGAUAUACGAGUUCCAAGACGAGGACGCGGAGGCGGGCUUCCGGGUGAAGGCCAAGGGCCGCCAGAGGUUCAAGAUCCUGGAGACACGCCGUCAGUUCGACGGGAACGUGUCGGCCCGAGUGCGCGUACUGCCUGAGCGGAUCCUGCCCCACUCGCUGGCAGAGGUGAGGUUGGCGUCCCUGGACAGGUUCCGCACCACUCCGGGACAGGCGGGGUGUCGCUACAUGAAGCAGGACGCGGCGGUGACUCGCUGGCCCUUCUGGGUGCACGCCCAGUACGAGUGCUCCCGGCUGGUGCAGAGGAUGCGGCAGCAGCUCGAGUACUUGAAGCUGGGGAAGGGCAACGUGUCCAUCCCCUCGGACCCCGUGGACCUGUCCUACUGGGUGGCCCAGAACCUGCCCCUCUCGGACGAGCAGCGCAUGGGGCUGCUCAAGCUGGACUCUGCCGUCCAGAGGCUGCGGCUGGAGCUCAGCGUGCUGGAGAAGUGCCGCGUGCUGUGCUGCCGCGACUGCCAGUCCAAGGUGGCGGAGCAGAAGGACGUGUUCUCCAUGUCCGUGGAGGGGCCCCAGGGCACGUACGUCAACCCGGGGGGCUACAUCCACGAGACGGUGACGGUGCACCGCGCCAAGGGGCUGCGCACCGUGGAGGAGCAGCCGUCCACGGAGUACACUUGGUUCCCCGGGUACGCGUGGACCAUCGCGGAGUGCCGCGGCUGCCGCCGCCACAUGGGCUGGAGGUUCACGGCCACCAAGGCGCACCUGAAGCCCGCCAGGUUCUGGGGCCUGUGCCGCCGCUCCCUCUACCUGCAGUUCAAGUCGGACGGCACCGAGGAGACGCUGCCCGUCAUGUGAGCCCUCGUUUCACCCUUGUCGUCUCUUUGUGUCGUCGUCGUUUAGCGAACCGUGCGUGUACACGCAGUUUUCUUCUGUUUUGAGGGCGUGGCAGGACUGGACAUGUCGGUGGAAUCUGCGGGGGCAGAGUUGCUGGUGUUUUCGAUGUCUGUGGGAAGUUACGACAGCUCCGUCGAAACUCCCCCCAGUGAAGCGUACAUUAAAUUAAUGGCAAUAUGUUGUAAAUGUAAUGAAUUUUUUUUUUUUUUCCUUAUCACUGAUCUGUUUAUUGUUCGAUCAUCUAAACCACAUUUUAUGAACUUGUGAUUCGAUGGGUGACAGUACCGAGUAAGGCACUUCCAUUACGGAUCAGCUGCGACUGUUUACCUUAAAUUUUCUUGUGUGUUUUCACCCGAGUAGCAUUAUUGCAAAUUAUUUUUACUGAUAGUGUAUUUUUAUAAUCACAAGUUUUGUAAAUUUUUAAGUUUAACUGAUCUCUUUGUGCUGUGAAUGCUUCGGCAGUGAUUGCUCGUAAUGACAACACAGGGUAGGCAGUUAAGUACCUUCUGAAAGGAACUCAGUGUCUCUGAAACUCAACUUUUAGCUUAGAAAUGUCUGUGUGCUGGAAACAAUCAGUUGCUCAGCUUGGUAACACUGCUGCGGAACAGACGUUUCUGCUCAAAUUAAUCUUAUAAAGAGCUUUGAACUCAAGCUGUGACAAAGUAAGUUAAGACUGGGUAAAAUGGACUGACUUUAAAAAAAAUAAUUCAAGGAUAAAUCUGCGUGUUAGGCAGUAAAAUGUAGAACUUUCUUUUUAUCACAAACUUAAGUGUACAAUCUAGUGACCAUAUUUUCACAAAUUUUGCUGCUAUAGAUACCACUGUAUUUUAAUUCUGCUCAAUGCUGAUUCUUCUAAUGAUACUGAUAAGUAUGAUAAAUUGUUAACAGAAGCAGUGCACUUAACAUUUAUGUUAUUUUGGAUUUCCUCUAAUCUUUCAUUCAGUUAAUGCAGAACUAAAUAGAAUUUGGAAGAAACCAGUGGCAUGUAGAUCAAUUAAGAGCUUCUGUCAGUCCGUGAAGAUUCAACUUUGUCUUGUUAACUGUGUUUCGUGGAUUCUGUCUUCUUGUUGUUUUGUCCUGGGCAGUGGAACAUUUUAUAAUUAGUGUUUUACCUGUGCAACUAUAGAAAUUAUAAAUAGUGUGGAAAAUUAGAGUAAUAUGUACAAUGCAAAAAUCAAUGUAACAGAAUCAUUAAUUAAAUAUGUCAAGCACUAAGUGUUUGAAAAUAAUUAUGGAAACAAAAUAAUGCUGUAUUUGUCUGAAUAAUAUAUCAUACUACUUAACAUGCUAAUAGGUAGAGACCUGCAAAAUUCGCGGAUUCAUUGACCUCUAGGAUAGACUCCACAGUCCUUUAAAUACUUGCGGAAAUGAUACCUGUUCAUUGGCUACUGAUGCGUGAGACGUCUCAACUGUAAUUCGGCACUUUCUUGGUUUAGUGUUUCCCAUUGACUCACAGUUUCCCCGAUAAAAUGUGGCCCAAUCGCAGAAGCGGUACAAAGGUAUAGUUGUUUUGAUGCUAGCCUAUCGCGAAAUGAAUCCGCGAAUUUUGCAUGUCUCUACUAAUAGGUAUGGUAAAAUCUUUAUUUACAGUAAAUUUGUUUGAUGUUAAUACAGUGUUUAUGUUUUGCUUUUGAAAUAGCAGUAAACCCUAGUACUAGUGCAUCAUUCCAGCCAAUCAAAACUCUUCCGAACUAUUGUUGUUUUCUUUCGUGUGUUACUAACAUGUUGUCAGUUUAAAGAGAUGGGUGUAAGACAGACUGUUUUGUAGUUGUUAAUGUGAAAACGGCUGUCAAAAGUUGAUUUCAAAAUGUUGAGAUUUACUAUAAACUGAAAGCGCUGUACGUACAACAGGUCUUUUGUUAUACUAAGACACUAUUGUAAAAAUGUAAACAUGUUAGGCUAAAUUAAGUCAGUCUGAAUAUACACUUGCUGCUUGUACUAAUAUCAAACCUAUUUUCUGCAAACAGAUUUUAUUCUGAAUUUCUUCUCUAUUUCUAUAAGUAUUAGAAGUUUUGCGAAGUAAUUACAUACUACAAUCUGUUAUGCAUCACAUGCAAGGAAAGGGUCUAUUGGGAUUCCAGCUAAUGAAAAGUAAUAUUUGUGGACUGGACAAGUAAUUUUUUAUUUUUUUUACAUAAUUAAAUUAAAUACAGGGAGUGUUAUAUUUGAGAUCAUAUUACAUACAUAUAUUGAGAUUGAGAUCGUAUUAUAUUUCAGAUUGGCAAAAUUACUAAAUUUUCUUAAUAUGUAAUGUGUAAAUAUGGUUAGAACUGGGAUCUCUUUGUGGUGUUUUUCAAAAUUGGACGUGGUUUGUAAACAACUAUCAGAUUUAGGUAUUGAAAUGUGUACUGUUCUGUAAUGUAAAGAUACUACAUAUAUCAUCUGGUUAAAUAAUUUCGGAAAUUUUUAAAUUUAGUUUCUUCCAUUUGUAACGAAAAAAUUAUUUUUAUUAAAGAAUUGAUUUGAUUCUUACUAUGCAGGUGUUGUGAAAUUGAAUAGUACAGUACUUCGCAUAAAAAACACUUGUGUCUGUGUAGUACAUACUCGGUACAGUAGAGUCCCGCUAAUCCGGGACUGGAUGGGAUUGGACCCUGUCCGGAUCACCGAAAAUCUGGAUUAAUGGGAUAUCUACCAUAAAAAUCAGGUAACGCAUGUUUUUAGAUUGGUAAAACUAUCAAAAUUGAUGUUUUUUUUCCUUCCAUAAUUGCAACUUUUCAUACAGCUUAAUUUUAAUACUGCUGUAUUCGUGGACCUAGGAUUUUAACGUACAAAAGUAAGUUAAUCCUGAUAUUUUUUUUAUAAUUCCGUCCAGGCGAGCGGGAUCAGGUUUAGUGGGACUCCACUUCGGUUAGUGCAGCACUGGGCAGUAAUGACCAUUCAGCCUCACUUAACGCAGACAUUGCAGUGUUUAUCCAGUGCUUCAAGUAGCUGACUCGCUUACAAAAUUUCUUGUUGAGAAUUCAAAUGCUUUAUUUUUUUUUAGGUGAAAGUUUCUGAUGGUUCAAGGUUUUCUUUUUUAUAACUAAUUUUUAUUUUCCUGUUUACAUUCUUCUCUCGAAGAGAAAAAGUAAUUGACAAUCAUGCAGAGCACUAUGUUGAUGUUAAAGAGUUUGUUCUUGAACAUAUUAAUGUUCCAUGUACAUAUGCAUGUUAUGGAUUUUGAUUAUACUAUACCGUAUUUACUCGCGUAAAGGCCCCGCCCGCGUAUAAGCCCCCCUCCUUGUUUUGUAAACAUUUUUGAGAAAAAAUUUAAAAACCUGUUUUUCUGGGUUUAUCUGUGGCCAGGGCAGCUUGGCAUGCAUCAAACAACAAGCCAUGUAUUGUGACCGGCGGGAGGUGAUUUUGUAAGCGGCAGUGAUACAGAGACUGGUAUUAUAGUUUGUCCGUUCUCAGUGUUCUCAGUAGGACCGUCGUGAGGCUUGACAGACGUAAGCAGUUAGUCCUAUCUCAAACGACAUAAAGAUAAAGAAAGCUGGACUCGCACUAGGCUGUGUUGAUGUGGAGUGUUGUCGGAGAAGAAGAGAGGAAGUGAAGGAGGAAGGGAAGUGGGUCAAGGAUUCUAACACUCCUUCGUCUGGUUGGCUGGCUAGCUGGCAGGAGGGAGGUUAAGCCACGCCUCUGCCUCUCUCCCCUCCUGCCAAAGCGCUGCCUCUGCCUCUCCCCCCUGCGGAGUCGUUGCCUCUCUCUCCCUAUGCCGCGUCGCUGCCUCCCCCGCCUUCCUCAUUCGAACAAAGACGCACGACUUGAAAAGAAAAAUCUAUUUUUUCCUCCAAAUUCGCGUAUAGGCCCCCUCCCCUUUUUUGGAGUCGAAAAUUUGGGAAAAAAGGGGGGCCUUUACGCUAGUAAAUACGGUAUAUAUUUUAUGUAAAAGCUAGCAUUCCCACUACAUGUGACGUCGCUGGGGGUGAUCUUGUCGGUGGUGGUUGAAGUCCCUGCUGCUCAGAUGGGUGAUAGAGGGGUAGAGGCCUGGGGGAUCAAGCCUAGCGCAGGUGUGUCACUGUCCCGGAGAGUACCGCAGGUUCACAUCGUGCAACGAGAAGACGAAACUGAGAAGUUUCCUCGCAGUGGUUGCGUCCCGUGUCGGCCGAGGCGUCCGUCCGCGAGCGCGCGCCUCGAGACUCACCGCAACACUCACUAUGCUGCUCCCGCGGCAGCUGCGCGACUUGUGAUCUGUCGUCUUUGGCGAUCCGCACGAUACUGAUGAUACGACAGUCCCGCUUGCAAGAUUAUCUCUGCCCACACUCCCCUCUUCCUGGUGCGUCGUGCCCGCGUUCCCACGGCUCUUUCCUUUCGUUCAAUUUUCCCCCUCUUUAUCAACACUCUUCCACACACGUGCACAUCGGGGCAAAGAGGUGGCAAUGUGCAACAACUGUCCAAGCGAUUGGGAGGAGCACUUGGGGCGACGUCACGUGUUAUCACUCGUGAUGGCUUGGAUGUAUUACGUUUGAGGUCAGUACAGCAUAGUUUAUGUAAUGUUGUUUUGCCUGUCUCCGCAACCACCACUCUUCUUGUCGACAAGGGACAAGGAAGCCGGGCAGAACUAGCAAUUUAAUGAAGAGUGGGGAGGGUGUGAGUGUACAAAUUAAAACUUGUGUUCACAGCAGUACUUCUAUAAUCUUUUAAUGGGUCAUUAUUUUUCAAGUGAUAAUUAUUUCAUUGUCGUUGUGCAAACUUGCAAGUUAAGUUUUGGAAUCCAUGUUUUACUGUGACAAAAAUCUUGGUUCUUGAUCAAAAAUAGUUACAAUAACAAAAUAUGAAUCUGGAAAUAGUGAACGUACAUUAAUCUGAGCAAGAGCACCACUAUUAAGUGUUAAGAUACGACCACUACACAGUCCCUGCUGCAGGGAGAGGCACGUUUCGCACUGCGAUGAACGCACUAACGCAGCAAGCAUUGCCACUACCGUACAAAUAAAACAGGAACACUUUCGAUCCUUUUAAUGUUUUCUCAUAACAAAACGGUUAACUGUGGCAAGUGUCUGCCAUUGAUACCCUAGUAGGGAACCAACUGGUUGAUUUAGCUCACAAUGCUGUUUUUAAACUACAAAAACCAACACUGCAUCACAGUUUAAAUUGUAAUUUAAGGUUAGGGGGAAGUUCCAAUUCUACUUAAAACAUUUUUUUUGACUGAAUUGAAAAAAAAAUUAAUGUUGUACUGUAUUGAAACGUUUUUUUUUUUUUUAAUAUUUAUUAUUAUUACAAUUUGUGACACUGAGGACUCUGUGGCUUUCGUAACACAGCACAUGUUCUUGUGUGUCAGUGGGCAGAAGUAACCUGCUUGCUACUUUCAAAUAUUGUUGAAUGUUUUCCACAAUUGUUUCUUUUCAAGUGCACGUGUAUGUGAUGAAUCAUUAUGUUCCACAGCUCGAUGGAUUAUUUUCUUAGCCGCGGCAUUGCUAUCAGAAGAAUACUACUGUUACCUAUCUGUAAACACUAGCACAAAUAUAGGCUACCGGAUUGCAACAGUAUGUUAAUUCAGACGACUGUUUUUGUUCUGGAAAAAAAAAUGUUUAAUGUACCCAUUCUUGAAGUAACAUUGUAGUUUGCAAUCCUAGGUAUGUUUGAACGUAGAAGGUUGGCUUGAGGUGGUUGUAUUACGAUCAUAUUAGAUGUUGAACCAGCUCUGCCAACAAACGAGGACAAAGUGCCUUGAAAAUAGGCAUGUGUGAGUUGUGCCCUCGUUCACAGGGCGUACAUGAUGAGUUGAGUUGUUUUGAUAUGUUGUUCUUAUUAGUGGCCACCAAUGCAGAUAAUGAUUACAGUUAAUGUUAAACAACCAUUAAUAAUAGCUAAAUAUUUUUGUUGUUUUCUUUAUACUUAACCUUGUUUACAACAGGUGGAAGAAAAAAAAAAGUAGAUUUCUAUUGUUUCCAUAUCCAAGUUUAUCAUUUGCAGGAAGAGACAGUGUGUAAUACUUGAAGAAGAAUCUGUUUGUUUCUUGUGCUGCUGUAGUUGUGUAAACUUGCAACUAAACAUUAAAUGCAUAAAUGCUUAAA